AUGAUGGUCAAUUUAAAUUUAUACUGGUGUCAUGUAAUUAUUUUCUUUUUGAUUAUUCUACUUUGUACUGAAAAAACUUCAUCUCAAUUCGUUACUAUUAGUUGUUAUGAAUGCACAAAUUGUUCUGAUCCAUUUACAAUUACAAGCUCGGUUUCUGUCCUAUCGUCAUGUUAUUCAUGCUAUAAAUUGGCAAUUACCAUUGCUUAUGCUCCUUACAGCUAUGUAGUACGUAAAUGUGUUCCAGCUUGUAUUGAAACAUUUCAAGCAUUUGGUGGAGGAUCAGUUAUAAGUGCUUGUUGUACUACAAAUCUUUGUAAUACAAGUUCAAUGAUAACAUUUCCAUUGAUAUCUCGUAUUAUACUUUUUAUAUUUAUCAUUUUAAAUGUUAUAAAAAGUUUUUAUUAA